AUGAACAACUUUGAUGAAGAUGCAAAUCCCAAUUCCGCAGGUCUAAUUAACAAAUUAGGUUUUUAAGUUCAAUUACAAUAGCUAGUGGAACUAAAAAUGUAGUAACAGGAACUGUCAAUUCUGUUGGAUACGGUAUAUGGUGGGCUGGCUCAGGUUUAGUUAAUGCAAGUGGCAACCUUCUUCAUCUGGGAAAAAGUGGCUUCAGCAAACCUCCUAAAGCUCAAGAAAACAAUGAACUCAAAGGAUAAUAAUUGGUAAACAUCAAUAAAUGA